UGAACACAGAAGUACUUAUUUUCAAUAAUCAAAAGAAAUCUGAAGAGGAUUUUCGCUUUGAAGAAGAAAAGGCGAGCAACAAAACUAGCGUUAAGCAUUUGUUUUGCAGUGUUAAAGCAGCAGCACGCACCCUGAGCAGCGAGGGUAACAUCGCCAAGCUCUUUCCUGGGAACUACACUCAGCAUCUCAGCAAUGAAAGCUUAGAAGAGAACUAUGUCCAGGACAGUAAAAUGGGGUUUGUCAUCAAUGCCAUCUAUGCUAUGGCACAUGGACUGCAGAACAUGCACCAUGCCCUCUGCCUGGGCCAUGUGGGCCUCUGUGAUGCUAUGAAACCCAUUGACGGCCGAAAACUCUUGGAUUUCCUCAUCAAGUCCUCCUUCAUCGGCGUGUCUGGAGAGGAGGUGUGGUUUGAUGAGAAAGGAGAUGCUCCUGGAAGAUACGAUAUCAUGAAUCUGCAAUACACUGAAGCUAAUCGCUAUGACUAUGUACAUGUUGGAACCUGGCACGAGGGAGUGCUGAACAUUGAUGAUUACAAAAUCCAGAUGAAUAAGAGUGGGAUAGUACGGUCUGUGUGCAGUGAGCCUUGCUUAAAGGGCCAGAUUAAGGUCAUUCGGAAAGGGGAAGUGAGCUGCUGCUGGAUUUGCACAACCUGUAAGGAGAAUGAAUAUGUGCAAGAUGAGUUCACCUGCAAAGCUUGUGACUUGGGGUGGUGGCCCAAUGCAGACCUAACAGGUUGUGAACCCAUUCCGGUCCGCUACCUCGAGUGGAGCAACAUAGAAUCUAUCAUCGCCAUCGCCUUCUCUUGCCUGGGCAUCCUUGUUACGUUGUUUGUCACCCUCAUCUUUGUGCUGUACCGGGACACGCCAGUGGUCAAAUCCUCCAGUCGGGAGCUCUGCUACAUUAUUCUAGCUGGCAUCUUCCUUGGUUACGUGUGCCCUUUCACUCUUAUUGCCAAACCUACCACCAUGUCCUGCUACCUCCAGCGCCUCCUGGUUGGCCUCUCUUCUGCCAUGUGCUACUCUGCUUUAGUGACCAAAACCAAUCGCAUUGCACGUAUUCUCGCUGGCAGCAAGAAGAAGAUCUGCACCCGGAAGCCCAGGUUCAUGAGCGCCUGGGCCCAGGUGAUCAUUGCCUCAAUUCUGAUCAGCGUGCAGCUAACACUGGUGGUAACCCUGAUCAUCAUGGAGCCCCCCAUGCCCAUUCUGUCCUACCCAAGCAUCAAGGAAGUCUACCUUAUCUGCAACACCAGCAACCUGGGUGUGGUGGCCCCUGUGGGCUACAAUGGACUCCUUAUCAUGAGCUGUACCUACUAUGCCUUCAAGACCCGCAACGUGCCCGCCAACUUCAACGAGGCCAAAUAUAUCGCCUUCACUAUGUACACCACCUGUAUCAUCUGGCUGGCUUUUGUGCCCAUUUACUUUGGGAGCAACUACAAAAUCAUCACUACCUGCUUUGCAGUGAGCCUCAGUGUGACAGUGGCCCUAGGGUGCAUGUUCACUCCCAAGAUGUAUAUCAUCAUUGCCAAGCCUGAGAGAAAUGUCCGCAGUGCCUUCACCACCUCUGAUGUAGUUCGCAUGCAUGUCGGCGACGGCAAGCUGCCCUGCCGCUCCAACACUUUCCUCAACAUCUUCCGAAGAAAGAAGUCAGGGGCAGGAAAUGCCAAGUGA